CGGGAGGCCGGGGGCGGCCGAGCACACGCGGAUCCCGUUUCGCGCCGGGCCGGGCCGGGCCGGGGCGAGGCCAGCGGACGAGGCGGUUUAGGCCGCUUGAGGGAAGAUGGCUUUGUUUGCCCAGCAGAUACCCAGAUGGCUCCACCCAGCCAACGUGAGACGCCUUAUUGGCGCGGCACAGCUCACAACAUACGUCCUCCGACCGCGAGCCCCACUGCUGUGUGAUACCGCUGCCCAGCUUCGGAGGGGACUUGGGCCUUCCAGGACUUCCGCCUUCGGGACAAGCAUCCCCCCUGCCAACUCUGGCGGGCAGGGGACACACGCUGUCCCGAGCACUGGGCAGCCUCCUGUGAGCCAGGGCAGCCUCGCAUGCCCCAGGCCAGACUUGGAUUCUGCACUCUCGCUGGAAGAACUCGAUGAUUUGCCGCCCAGGUCUCCACUGCAGCCUGUGUCUGAGGAGGAGGCCGUUCGGAUCGUUGCAGACCCCCCAUCACCGCCGUCUUCCUUCACCCUUCGAGAUUAUGUGGAUCAUUCGGAGACGCUGAGGCAGCUAGUGCUGCUCGGCGUGGAUUUGUCCAAGAUAGAGAAGCAUGCGGACGCCGCCAACCUCCUGCUGAGACUGGAUUUCGAAAAGGACAUUAAACAGCUACUCCUGUUUCUGAAAGAUUUGGGCAUCGAGGAUAAUCAGCUGGGGCCGUUCCUGAGCAAAAAUUACGCUAUUUUCUCGGAAGACCUUGAAAAUCUCAAGACCAGAGUGGCUUAUCUGCAGUCAAAGAACUUCAGCAAGGUGGAUAUCACACAGAUGGUCCGAAACGCACCUUUCCUGCUGAGUUUCUCAGUGGAAAGACUGGACAACAGAUUGGGAUUUUUCCAGAAAGAACUUGAACUUAGCGUGAAGAAGACGAGAGACCUCGUGGUCCGUCUCCCGCGGCUGCUGACGGGAAGCCUGGAGCCCGUGAAGGAAAACAUGAAGGUUUACAGCCUCGAACUCGGCUUUAAACGGAAUGAGAUUCAGCACAUGGUCACCAGGAUCCCGAAGAUGCUAACGGCCAACAAGAGGAGGCUGACCGAGACGUUCGAUUACGUGCACAACGAGAUGGGGGUACCCCACCACCUCAUGGUCAGGUUCCCUCAGGUAUUCAACACACGGCUCUUCAAGGUCAAAGAAAGACAUUUGUUUCUUCGCUACUUGGGAAGGGCUCAGUACGACCCCACCAAGCCCAGCUACGUCUCUUUGGACAAACUGGUGUCUCUGCCCGACGAGGCAUUUUGCAAAGAGAUCGCCAAAGCCUCGAUGCAGGACUUGGAAACGUUUUUAAAAACCCUUUAGUUUGGGUCGAACGUGCAAGCGUCAUCGUGGCAUGUGGAUAGGCGAAUAAAUGAACCUAUUUUUAAA